AGUUUUUUUACUCAGUAACAUUUUGAAAAAGUAAGAUGAAGGCUUUAGUUUUUUUCUCACUGCUGGUCGGUGUUUUUCUGUAUCAGAUAAACGCAGCAGUGGUAGAACCAAGAAAGCACGACGAUAAUUACGACAACGAAUUGAAACAAAACUUGACAGAAUGUAAGCGUUCGCUUUUUCUAGCAUUCAAGGAAGCGGUUCACGAUACUUCCGACUUUGUAGUGCAAAAAGCUAGGAAGGUUAAAGCUUCUAUCAGAAACAAAACGCACAUGGUUAUGCAGAAAGCAAGAGCCAAGAUGCAGUCAGUAAGAUGUAAAUUACAUCUCAUAAAAAGUAAAUUCUAUCCUCACGUGCAUCUACAAGAUCCAUGUAAUAUGACAGAUCAAGUAUUAGAAAAAGGAAAAGAGGUUAUUAAUAAAACAGCAACGGUAAUUGAUUCAGCCUCUGGUACAGCAAAAAAUCAAAUAACUUCCAAGGUGGAAAAAGUAAGAGUUAUUCCAGAUCCUUCCAGAAAUAGAAUAGUAAAUGAUCCUGAUGAAAGCCAAACAAUAUCUAAUUCUAGAAGAAUAACAACUAGAGUAGGAAGUGAUCCCGAAAGAAGCGUGCAUUACAGAAGAACUUUAGUAGGUGGAAAUUCUAACACAACAAGAAUAACCAUCGAUCCUGAUAAAAGUAGGGUACAUUCUAGAACUAUAAUAGUCAGAAGAGACCCUGACCCUGAUCAGUCCGAUGAAUCCAGUGAAACAAACAGAACUCAAGUAGUAACGAGACUGGUCACCGACCCUAGAGGGACUAAAGUAGUCUAUAGAACUAUAGUUAGGUCGGAUCCUAAUACAAAAAUAAAUGAAACCGAUUCUGACGAAUCUAAUGAAACCACUGAAACAAGCAGAACCGUAGUAGUCAAAGAAGAAAAGCCUGAUCUAUUGACGAGUGCUGCAAAUUUUACUAGAAAUAAGAUAAUCACGAAAAAAUGUCCCGAUGGAUUGAUUUUGGAUCUUAGUGGCAACUGCGAGGCUCCUAAAGGACAUUGAGUUAUAAUUUAAUCAAAUAUUUUAAUAGUUUUCUUAUUAUAUUUUAUUAUCCUUGAUUAUUUAAAAAUAAUAUAUAAUUUUAGUUA